AUGGCAUUUUCAGACCUGUUCGAUUGGAUUUCUCAUCUUCCACACCCCCCUCAAUGGCGGCGCUCUGUGCAAUCUGUUCGGCUCUUCAAACUGGUCGAGUUCUCUGCCCAAAAGAAAGGAGAAGGCCGUAUCUGCUUCUCCAUAGAUGUCACUUCAUGGCGAACAAUUCCUUUGGGAGAGUUCAGCUGCGAAUCAAUGGAGGUAACAACAUCCUGUCUUUUCUCCCUUUUCAUCAAAUCUAUUUCCCAUGUGCUUCAAAACAUUAAGGAAUUGGGAAAAUACAUAGAGCUUCAGUUAUCUACUGAAGAUCUGGCCGCGGUCCCAUCUUAUCUCACUCAAUCAGCCAAUUAUCCCCUGCUUUUCAACUCUGCAUUUCUGUGCCUUUGUCUCUUAGUCAUGUCUCCGGUUACAGACAGACUAUAUCCACAAAUCACCCAGGAAUUCACGCAGUUAACAUCUCCAGAGUUUGUCUCAGCAAUAGGUGCCCAUUUGGAAGCCCCACUGAUGCGCUUCUUGGGAGCCUAUUUCUCAGCAUCCUUUACCUCCUCAUUGCAGGAGGAGCCCUUCCACUCUUCCUAUGCUUGCAAAAUCUCCGAUCUCUGGAAGGUGGGUGUUUACUGUCCUAUAGUUUGCAUGAAGGCACCAAAAUCCCAUCACAAGCUCUGUAACCUGCCUCAAGCCACUGGCAAGCUUGGAGAUGCAUUGAGAUAUCAACAAUUGGAAAGCAUAAUUCAGCUCAGUCAUACAAUACACCUCCAAGAAGAACCAUACAUUAAACUUGAAGUGGGUAUUGAUAAUCUGAGGUGUGAUGUGUACCCAUUUCAGAUUCUUCAAGCCUCCUCCUGUUCGGAUGUUAUUGCAACAGAGAGAUACUUUCCAUCACGCAUCUCAUUGUCUAUAACCCCUCAACUACAGCAAGGGGAUGAUUUCACUAUAUCUGUGCCUCAUUCCUCGCCAAACCCUAGCAUUCAUAAUACUACGAGACAUGGGUUGGAGUUAUCAUUCCAAUCCCCUAAUCAGGUGGGCGUCAAGAGAAUCCUUGAAACAGAGACCUCCUUUGAUAUGAAGUUCUGGAAAUUCGACCAGUUCAUACAAGAAACAAAGGGAACUUUCACAUGGAUUUUGUAUAACCCAGUGAAUAAAACAGAAGUCAUAUCUUCCAAACCUCCAAAGUAUAGCUUCCUGGACGCAAAGCCAUGGUACAAAGACAGAUACCGCAAGCCUUAUAGUCCUUUCAACAAUCAGGGAGGAGUGGUGUUUGCUGAUGACACGUAUGGGAGAAAGUUUUCAUGGAGGUUAAACAGAAAAACUAGCGAUGAAGUCUUGAAAUUGAAUAUUGAAGGAACCAUCUGGUUGACUUACUGGCCUAAUGUUUAUAAUACAUCUUUUUAUGAGACUAGAUCACAUGAAUUUUGUGAACAAAUUGAAAUUUUAUUGGUGAAAUCAUAA